GAUAAAGUGCUUCUGUUGGUUUUUCACAGCUGCUUAAGUCCUAGAAGCAGUCAUGAUCUUCCACACAGCAGCCCUCAGCUUCCUCCUCUGCUCAGUCCACAGUUUCACCUUAAAGGGUUCUGAAAGGAUGGAGGGGCACUCGGGCAACACCAUUGCUGAUGAGGAAUCCAGCGUUUCCACAUUGUUAGAACGGGCGAACGUUAAUCUUGGAAUGAACCCAGACGAACCUCUCGUGAUGUUUGGCGACAUCGCAGUACCGAGUGGUCUGCAGAAUGCGGAUCCUUGCACACAACGAGGUUGCCUGUGGCCAAAAUCAGAUGACGGCAAUGUCUACGUGCCGUACAGCAUUUCCAGGCAAUACUCCUCUGGAGAGAGAGAUACUAUCAUCGAAGGCCUGCGGUCAUUUGCGGCAUCCACGUGCAUUCGAUUUACCCCCCUUAAUGGACAGAGAGACUUUGUGGACAUCCAGUCUCGUUCAGGGUGUUACUCGUUUGUUGGACGUCGCGGUCGUGGGCAAGUUGUGUCUUUGAGUCGCCAGGGUUGUGUUUUCCAACAGAUCAUCCAACACGAACUGCUCCACGCCCUGGGAUUCAAUCAUGAACAGACUCGAUCUGACAGGGACGAGCAUGUUCAAAUACGCCUCCAGAACGUCAUUCCUGGAAUGGAAAGCAAUUUCAGGAGGAUUAAUACAAGAAACCUUGGUACUCCCUAUGACUACAACUCUGUUAUGCACUAUGGAAGGUUUGCCUUCUCCAGGAACAGAAGAGCGACGAUUGUUCCCAUCCCUGACAACAAUGUAAGCAUUGGCAGGGCAACCAGAAUGAGUCCUAUUGACAUCCGUCGGGUGAACCUUCUUUACGGCUGCAGUUCAUAUCUUUUCCCAAACCCAGCAAGCGAGUCAGGCCGCCUUGCAUGAUUUGUUUUCGCUUCUUACAGCUCUCCUGCUCAUUUUUUCUUUCAUGUACCCACAGAUGAGUAAUAAA